AUGCAGCGACUCGAGUGUCAUGUGAAGAAGUAUAAAUGGGGAAAGAAGGGAAGCGAAAGUGAAGUGGCACGACUUUUUGCAGCCGGACACAGGAAUUUUGAGGUGAACGAAGACGAGACUUAUGCGGAGUUAUGGAUGGGCACUCAUCCUGAUGGACCUGCCGUGCUAUCCGACUCCUCCACUCGAUUAUCAUCUUUCAUCGCCAAAAGUCAUUCAGCCAGUUACUUGAGUAAUAACAACUGGAAAGACGACAUUCACCUACCAUUCAUCAUGAAAGUCAUGUCAAUUGCUCGAUCGUUGAGCCUGCAAGUUCAUCCGACAAAGGAACAGGCAGCCCGUCUUCACGAGCGAGACCCAAUUCACUAUCCAGAUCGACAUCACAAACCGGAACUCGCUUAUGCACUUACUCAGUUCGAACUUCUGUGCGGUUUCAGACCAGCAGAGCAAAUCUUAGCAAACAUUGAGGCGUUCCCAUCGUUCCGAACUGUAAUGGGUAUUCAUAACUGCGAUGCACUGAAGUCAGUGGUCAACAAGGAGAGUAAUCCGCGUUCCUUGAAAUGUCGACAAGCACUGGCAGUUUGUUUUGGAGAGAUGAUGGAGAAAGCUCGCAGCCACUCAGAUCUUGUUUGCGAAUACGUGGAUCAGUUAAUGGAUUCCCUCCGUAGCGGAAUACGUGGUUGGCUCAGUGAAGGUACCGUUGCGGUUAUACAGAAGAUGUACGAGGACUUCCCCAGAGACGUUGGCAUCUUUUCGCCGUUGCUUCUGAACCAUAUGAUCCUGAAGCCUGGAGAGUGUUGCUACUACGCAGCUGAGGAAUUGCACGCUUAUCUCAGCGGAGAAUGUGUGGAGUGUGUUGGCUGUUCCAACAAUACCAUCCGAGCUGCAAUGACACCGAAGUUCAUAGACAGAGAAGCCUUAUGUGAAGUGCUGAACUAUCGUAUGACUCCUCCUGAGGAGUACCUCGUCCCUGCGAUUCCUCUGACUGAUUACCCAGGAGUGGAGGAGUAUUCACCGGACUGUAAAGACUUCCAGCUGCAUAGAAUACGGGUGACCCAGAUCGCCCAACAAACAUUUCUACCUGUAUUGGAUUGUGCGUCUAUCAUGGUUAUUGUAGAAGGAUCGGCAGUUCUUGAAGAAGUCGACGGACCGAGUAGCAGUGUAUCUAAGGCUCAAUCCUUCGUCAAUUUAGACACAUUGGAUAGUCGCAAUGUCGGUCGAGGAGAUAUUAUCUAUAUUCCACCAGGGAGGAGGUUAAGAUUUACACGAUGUACUUCGCAUAUAGAGGCAUUCCGCACAUUCAGCUUUGAAAUCGGACCGGAUCAUGAAAACCGGAAGGUGGUGAAGGAGAUUGCUGCUCCUAUUUUCGUAAAGAAGCCUCUAUUCACUAUAGACGAUUACGUGGAAAAGGCGUUUGCAGUGGAAUCCGAAAUGGAUGGUUUCCUGUAA